ACACCACAAAUCAGACUUGUUUUCCCUCCUUUCCACGCUCUUCUUCUUCCUCCACCAACAACCUCUCUUCAAUGGCGAAACUGCUUCACAUUCACCCUUCCACGUCACUUCCACUUCCAAAACGACCUCAUCACACGUCGUUUCACCCACUCACUCAUGCUUCAUCACCAUAUCCUUCCAAUUCAUCGAUCAAUUUCAACUCAAACACUCAUUUAACACCUUCAAUCUGUUAUUCAUACUCAUCACAAAACCCUAGCCUUUCGAUUUCCAAUCCGUUACAUAUUAUCGACCACAGAUCACGCGACGGUUACGCAGUGAAAGCGACGUUGAAUCCUGAAAGUUCCGGCGAAAAUGACGCCGUGGCGGCGGCGGAGAAGGCGAAAAUGACGGAGCUGUUGGUGCUUGGAGUGUUGUUUGGCCUCUGGUACCUGUUUAAUAUCUAUUUCAACAUUUAUAAUAAGCAGGUUCUAGAAGUUUUCCCAAAUCCAGUAACGAUGACUGCAGUUCAGCUUGUUGUUGGGACAUUCAUUAUAUUUAUGUCAUGGGCUUUAAAUCUUCAUAAAUGGCCAAAUAUCAGUCGCGGACAGCUUUUAGCAAUCCUUCCAUUGGCUGUUAUGCAUACGUUAGGUAAUCUUACGACCAACAUGAGUCUCGGCAAAGUUUCUGUUUCGUUUACUCACACGAUCAAGGCAAUGGAACCGUUUUUUACAGUUGUACUAUCUACAAUGUUUCUAGGAGAGAUCCCGACAGCAUGGGUAUUGAGUUCGCUUGUACCAAUCGUUGGUGGAGUGAUACUUGCAUCAUUGACCGAGGUCUCUUUCAAUUGGCCUGGCUUUUGGAGCGCAAUGGCAUCGAAUUUGGCGAAUCAGUCACGUAAUGUCCUGAGCAAGAAGCUCAUGGUUAAGAAAGAGGAAUCGUUGGACAACAUUACUCUAUUCUCAAUUAUAACAAUCAUGUCUUUCUUCUUGUUCACCCCUGUUGCAUUGCUAGUGGAAGGAGUCAAAUUUACCCCUGCAUACCUGCAAUCCGCUGGCUUAAACAUCAAACAAGUGUUCAUAAGAUCUCUACUCGCUUCAAUCUGCUUUCAUGCAUAUCAGCAGAUUGCUUAUAUGAUACUGCAAAGAGUAUCUCCAGUUACACAUAGUGUGGGCAACUGUGUGAAGCGCGUGGUGGUAAUCGUAGCCUCUAUCUUCUUCUUCCGUACACCCAUCUCGCUUACUAACUCCAUAGGCACUGGAAUUGCCCUUGCUGGAGUAUUCCUAUACUCGCAGGUGAAACGCAUCAAACCCAAAACAACAUAAAUCAGUCUGGACUGGAUGGAAUCGAUACCUAAUAUAUGAAUAUAUUAUGAACCGGGAAUCGUGUUUUUUGAACUCUCAGUUCAUUGAUGUUUAUAGGUUCAGACCCGUUUUUGCACACCCUUACAAUCAUCGUUGGAUACGCUUCGGUAAUAGAGUCGAUAUUAAAGCACAGUGUACAAUUUUUAUGCAGUAUAUGUAUCUAUACUUCAUAUCAAGGAUCCUUGAUCAAGUCAUUAGAGACUUAUGACAGUUCUCAUUAUUUCUUUAGAUAAUGAAGUGUAUAUAUGUAUAAGGCUCGGUUUUGGCCAUUUAGAUUGACAUU